CGCAGCCAGCUCGGCCGGUGUCUGACGACUGACACUUUUCCACUAAAAGAAUCUCCCGAGAAACCUAACCGUUGACUCAGCCGAGAAACUAAGGCCAACAAAAAAUGAACCACACGAGUCGUAAGAGACGACCCGAUCUUUCUCUCUCCAGAACCGAUUAUCUCUCCUCUGAAAUGUUAGCUCCGACGAAAUCUCCGGCGCUAAAUCGAAUUCGAAUCCGAAACCUCUUCUUGCUUCUACUCUUCGUUUACGUCGUCAUCCUCCUCCUCUUCUCCUUCAGUCCUCUCCGCCGCGCGCAGUUUCCUUCACUCGCACGAUCAUUAGCUAUAUCUCCCACGCGCCGCCGUCACUUACUCUUCUCCAUAGCUUCCUCACACGAUUCUUGGCUCCGUCGUAGCUCCUAUGUUUGUCUCUGGUACUCUCCUAAAUCUACUCGAGCUUUUGUAUUCCUCGAUCGAGGUGGAUUUGAGUCUGAUCUCAGAAACUGGGUUUCAUCAGGUCAUCACCGUACAAAUCGUGUGAUUGUAAGAGUUUGAACUCAGUCAUACCUUUUACUUCUUCUUCGGCCCUCUUGUGGCCGCAAAUACCAACUUCUCUUUCAUCUCCGUUACAAACUCUAAACAUUUCUUCUAGAAACUGAAUUUAUCAAUAGACUUUCGUAUAUGGUAACCAAAACUGUAAACUACAUAUAUUUUAUAAAAACUUAUCUCCAUUCAA